AAAGUGUGUGCUAUCUAUUUGUUUUCUUGAGACCGAGUCUCUGGCCAUACCAUAUCAGUAAUAAACCUCAUAGUGUCGACAUGGUUUGCGAGGAAGAAUUGUUGAUAGAAAAAGUGUGCUCGCUCUAUGAACAAAUCUCAAGCCUCGAGAGUCUCAAACCUUGCAAGAAUGUCGACAUGCUGUUCACCAAACUAGUCCUGACAUGCAUACCCCCAAGCCCAAUCGAUGUCACAAAGCUAAACAAAACCGUUCAAGACAUUCGAUCCCACCUUAUAAAACUAUGUGGUGAAGCCGAGGGACACUUAGAGAGCCACUACUCAACCAUCCUAGGCUCAUACGACAAACCCCUUAACCACCUUAAUAUUUUCCCCUAUUAUUCUAACUACCUCAAACUUGGUCAUCUCGAGUUCACUAUCCUUAGCCAACACUGCACCCAUGUUCCCACCAAAGUUGCCUUCGUGGGCUCGGGGCCCCUUCCUCUUACCUCAAUUGUGUUGGCAUCGAACCACUUACCUUCCACCACUUUCCACAACUAUGACAUGGACCCUUUAGCCAAUUCCAACGCUAUGCGCUUGGUUUCCUCUGACCCUGACUUGUCCAAGCGCAUGUUUUUCCACACCAACGACAUAUUGGAAGUGUCGAACGCUUUGAAGGAGUACGAGGUUGUUUACUUGGCAGCACUUGUGGGCAUGGACAAGGAGGGGAAGAAUCGAAUCAUUGAUCACUUGGGCAAGCACAUGAACCCUGGGGCACUUCUUAUGCUCAGGAGUGCUCAUGGGGCAAGGGCUUUUCUCUACCCUGUGGUUGAGCCUUGUGAUUUUCGAGGUUUUGAGGUUCUCUCUGUGUUCCACCCCUCCGAUGAGGUCAUCAACUCGGUUGUCAUAGCACGUAAAUUAUAUCACUCUCUUGAGCAAGGCCUUGUUGGCUCUAUGAUCCUACCUAACAAGUGUUCCGAGAUUCAAGCCUUCAACCCUCUCAACCAUGGGAACAUGAUUGAGGAAUUGGCCGUUGAGGAGCAACUCUUGUGAAUUAUUGCUUCUUUUUUUUUUUAUCUAUCUCUACUCCGUCUCAUGCUUUAGAUGGGAGAUUAUUAUUGGGGUCAUGUGCGGUACCAACUUAUUAUGUAGUUUACAUAAUAUUUCCACUUAAUUGUGUCCGACUGUUUUGUAUCACAUCGAGUAAAGCUUAAGUGUUUUACACUGUGCUGUUAUUAAAUUUGCAAUAAAUAUGAAAAGAGAUCGAUUAUGUGUUGUAAA